UUCUGAUGUGUUCAGGUUACCUUCUUUAUUGAGGCGCUUAAUACUUUUCUCUUUUCAAGAUGUCGGGUCGUGGAAAACAAGGAGGCAAAGCUCGCGCCAAGGCCAAGACGCGCUCCUCGCGGGCCGGGCUGCAGUUCCCCGUGGGCCGCGUGCACCGCCUGCUGCGCAAGGGCAACUACUCCGAGCGGGUGGGCGCCGGCGCGCCGGUGUACCUGGCCGCGGUGCUGGAGUACCUGACGGCCGAGAUCCUGGAGCUGGCGGGCAACGCGGCGCGCGACAACAAGAAGACGCGCAUCAUCCCGCGCCACCUGCAGCUGGCCAUCCGCAACGACGAGGAGCUCAACAAGCUGCUGGGCCGCGUUACCAUCGCGCAGGGUGGCGUUCUGCCCAACAUCCAGGCCGUGCUGCUGCCGAAGAAAACCGAGAGCCACCACAAGGCCAAGGGCAAGUAAAGUCUUUUACACGGUGCUUUGUGUUCUCCAGCAUCAAAAGUUCUCAUAACGUACAAAGGCUCUUUUAAGAGCCACCCACCUUUUCCAGUAUCAGA